AUUUUCCACUUUCAUUUUCUACAGAUGAUUUACAAUGCUUUUUUUUAUUCCAGUCGAAUGUUAUUAAAAGGUUGGAAGAAAGAGAAAGAGAAAUCAUGCGGUUAAAGGAAGAGUUGGGAAGGCAAGAAUUGGAGUUGAAUAAUCAAAAGGAUCAAUAUAGCGAUGCACUUAAAGAUUUGUCGCUGGCGACAAAAGCUAAAAAUAAUAUGUGCAUUCAGUUGGUAGAACAAGAGAAAAGAGUGGCCAGAUUAGAGCAAUGUUUAUCCUUACCCGUAGCCACCAGGUUACAGCAAAGACAAGAACUUCAAGUAGUUCGAGAAGCGAUAGAUAGCUUACGUUUGUGUUUUCCUUCCAAUGAUCCGCAUCAGCAUACUUUAGAUACUAUCGAACAAAGUAUUGCCACGUUAUGCGAAAGGGUAAAUGCUAUCGAAGCUUUUAAGUGUGAUACCUCUAGCAUUCCUCCAAUAGAUGAAGCUAGUGGGUUUUCCAGUCCUGCAGAACAAUCAUUCACCGAGAGCACAUGGCACCAACCAGUACCCCAAUUAAGAGCUACGAAUCCUUCUUAUUACAGAAGUCAUAGAGAAUCGAAACAUCCUACAAAAGUUUUAUAUUUUAUGUCUAGAUCGACUACUCCUUUCCAGUGCAGUAUUCAUAAAAGGUUAGGUGAAAUUACUUUAAGGGAUUUUAAAACUCUUUUCGAUCGUCCCGGGCAAUAUCGUUUCCAUUUUAAAUCGUUAGAUCCAAUUUACGGUGCUGUUAAAGAAGAAAUUGUUCAAGAUGAUGAUGUUUUACCAAGUUGGGAUGGAAAAAUUAUAGCUUGGGUUGAAGAAGAAAACGGGUAAAAUAAUAAAUAAAUAAA